AUGGCAAAAGAAUUUUAAGUUUUGAAGUUAAAUUCUCCUAACAAUCUAAAGAAAAAAAAUACAUAAUUAUGCUUUAAUUCACUUGGAUUCUUGCAUUCUAUUUAAUUUGUUAAUCAUAUAGAAAAAAAUGAUGAAAUAAAAUAAUCACAUUAAGAUUUAAUGAAAAAAUAUUACUAAUCAAAGACUUAUGAACAAAAAUAGACAGCUUUAUCCACAAUUUAAUCAUAAAAAGUAUAUUAUUAAUUUAUAAGACUUUGACUUCGAAAUUUGAGAAUAUUAGCGAUACGAUGAACCUAAAAAUAAACAAUAUUAAACAAAAAGAAAAGGAAAAUUAAUUUUUUCGAUAGCCUAAAAUUUCAGAAAUUGAUUAAUCUAAUAAUUAAAUACCAAGAGAAAAGUCUUUCUUUUCUAAGUAAAUACAAUUUAAUCAUAUUAUCAGACUCCAAACUCUAAAAAAUUGUGAUAAGAAGCCUAAUAGUCAGACUAAAGUUAUAUCACCAAACACUACUCUGAUGGAUAAGAGAACUGUAGAUUCCAAUAUAAUGCCACUUUCAAGUUUAGUUCGAAAAUCAUUAAAAUAAAAAAAUUAACCGUAACUUUUAUAAAUAAGCUCAAAUACUUUAUUCCUUAAGGAUGAGAUUUCUGGUAAAGGUUGCUUUAAGUAAAAAUCUCAAAGCUAGUAAGAAGUGUAAAGGUAUGUCUAGGAUGAGAUAGAAGAUACAUUACAAUAGAAGGACAAAAUUGAUUAAGAAAUUAACCAUUGUUCAUCUUAAUUUGUUGUGAAAAAAUGCUUUUUCUCUUUAGCGCAAGGAUGUGUAGGUAUUAUAUAUUUUUAGUUUUAGAACAAUAGAACAGUAAAACAAGAUCUUUGAGUAAUGAAAAAGGAUUGAAUUUAUAGGGACCCAAAGUAUCAAAAAGCAAUAGAGCACAUACUUAAGGAAAAUAGGAGUAAAAAUAGAUAAAUAGAUUGUACGAAUAUAUAUUAGAAGGUAAUUGUUGA